AUGGAGCCAGCCAAAGAAGAAAUCACCGACAAGAUGGAAAAGCUUAAGGUCGAGGAAGAAGAGGAAAAGAAGGAACUCCCUGAAGAGAAGAAGGGCGAGGAGGAAGUUCAGAUUGGUGAAGGAAUCCAAGACUGGAGGAGAAACCAAGAGAGUGCUUUCCUCAGUUCUUCAACUUCUUGGGACGAUGAGAAACUCGCUAUUCCUGAAAAAAUCAAACAAGCUCUGAGAGAUGCGGAAGUCCUGAGACCUAGUAAAAUCCAAGCUUAUGCUAUUCCUUUGGUGACUGAAGAUCCAGAGAGAAGUAUUGUAGCCCAAUCACAAAAUGGAAGUGGCAAAACUUUUGCUUUUUCAUUAUGCUCUCUUUUAAGAAUCGACGAGAAUGACAGUAAUCUCCAAGUGUUAGUAUUGGCUCAUACAAGAGAGUUGGUGAACCAGAUCUGGGAACAGAUCCAGAUUCUUAACAAAUAUACCAAAUACAACAUCACUCAGGUUAAGAAAGAAGAAAAGAAGCCAACAAUUGGACAAAUAACCGUCAUGACUGCUGGAAAGUGUAAAACCCUAAUGAAAUUGAAGAAGAUUAAUUUUAGCUCUAUCAAGAUGAUUGUUAUUGACGAGGCUGACCAUUUCUUCGGAAGCGAAGAAGAUCGUGCUGUCACCACCAGACUUAUCCAAGAAAUUGACGAAAAGUGCCCCAAGGUUCAGAAACUCUUCUUUUCAGCUACUUAUGAAGAACAUGUGAGGGAUGCAAUCAGGGGUAUUAUCCCAGAGUCUUCUAUUUCUAUCAAAGUCAAGAGUAAGAAGCUGACUCUUAAAGGAGUGAAGCAGCUAUACUUUGUUGCAAAGGAGGUGAGAAAGUUCAAUGUCGUUGAAGAUCUCUACAAUGAGUUUGAUAAUACCCAAAUGAUUGUAUUUGUCAACACAAAGAAAUUCGGAGAGAUGGCACACGCGCAUAUGACUGGUAAAGGAUACAAAUCAAGCAUAAUCACCGGAAAUGUUGAUCCAGAAGAGAGAGAUAGAAUCAUGGCCCAGUUUAGAAACAGAGAGCUCCAAUUCAUUUUCGCUACCAAUGUUUUAUCCAGAGGUAUCGAUAUUUCAGACAUGAAGUUGAUGAUCAAUCUUGAUGUUCCAUUCAUUAAGGAUGCAGAUGGUUUCGAAAACGCAGAUUAUGAGAAUUAUCUCCACAGAAUUGGUAGAACAGGAAGAUUUGACACAAAAGGAGUAGCUCUAACUAUUAUUGAUGGAAGUGAAAGAAGAUUUGAUAAAGAAAUGGAUGUCCUCAAGCAAAUUCAGGAGCAUUAUGAAUCAAAUAUUGAAGAGCUAAAGAAUAUCGAAGAUCUUCCAGAGAUCUAUAAUGAGCACUGUAAUAAUGACUAAUUGCUUUGAAAAAUAGAAUUCACAUA